AUGGCGACUUCUUUGGCAGCUCAGCUGUCUGCGAUUGCCGCCAACUCCGAAAAUUCUUUGAAUUUGAAGGCGCAGAAGGCCAGGCAUUCAAAGUCUUUGAUCUUCGAACCCCGAGUAGCAGCGUCGCAGAGCUUCGAUACGAUUUACACGUUAUGCCACGAAGGAUUCCAGGAAUUAUGUUUGCUGGAUGGGAGGUUCCUUGAAUUCCAACGGGACAUAUUCAGCGAGCAAAGCCAAGAAGAGGAUAGGACGCAAUUAACAGCUGCACAAAAUUCGGAACUCGACAAACGGUUAGAGUCAUUCUUGGGGCUGGUUGGAGGGCGAUUGAGAUUGAUGCCUGCUAUAAAAGCAGUAGAGUGGCUGGUGCGGCGGUUCAAGAUCCACGAAAAAAAUAGCACCGUCCUCCUGCUCACAUUUCUGCCAUACCACACUCUUCCGAUCUUCACGACACUCCUUUCAAUACUGCCUGAGAGAAUUGCGCCGGAAUUCAAGUUUCUUCAGCCAUAUAUAAGAUCAUUAACAUGCCCUCCGAGACACACUAUCGUUCUAGUCGCAACAAAUCACACUCCCUUCGCCUCUGCUCUCAAUGCGUAUGUUCUACGGGUAUGCCAAGCCCGGCAAGAUUACCAGACUCUUCUCGCGUUCUGGGCCGGAAUCAUGUCCGAGGCUGUGGCAGGAAUGAUGGACAAAUCUCGAUCAGGAAGGAAAGGCGUUCAGCUACAAAACGAAGAGGAUGUCGUUCUGAGGUUGUUGCCUACUCUGAACGAAGGUCUGUCGAUGAAAAGAGUUCCGGAUCUUCGUGUUGGGUGCUACAUGAUCCUUUCAAUUAUGGCAUCCAAGGGUGGACUGGAUGAUAAAGUCCUGACAGCUAUGAUGGAGGCUGUUGUUCUGGGAUGGACUGAAGAAACGACGAUCCCUGGUCUUGUGUGCCUGUCUAUUUUGGCGCAACAGCGCAGCCCCAUGGCUCUGACGAAAAGACUCACCAAGGAGCUACUGAAGGUUGAUAACCUACCAGAAAUUCUGGUUGAGUUAUCAAAGCAACGGAGAGUGGAUAGACUUGCGAAUGGCUUUUGCGUAGCCCUUGUUCAAAAAGUACGAGCAAGAUCGGAGAUCUCUUGCCUUCCAACCAUUCAACGACUCAUCGAGAAUGACCUCCUGAGCGAUGCCCAAGCCGCUGUCAAUUUCAAAACCCUUAUACUGGCAGCACAUGAACUCAACGCCAAGUCCACUCCGCAUCAAGAUAUGCGUUCACACCUGGCUUCGGUAUUAGUUUCACUAACCCAGUUAUCUGGACACACAGGCGUUGUAGUUCGAGGAGUACUGGAAGACACAGAUAUCGACAUCGAUGACUUGGAAUUGAAGCUUCAGGCCACGCUUCGAAAUUUGGAGGCUCCCCCGUCUCCAUCGGAGGACGUUGUGAUGGAAGAGCCAACGUCUAUAAGGAGUCUCAACUUUCCAGCUCUCAUCCAGGAGCUUCCCAAGAAGACAGUGAUCGGAUCUACGUUCUUGGCACACACCUCUUCGCAUAUCUACCCUGAUCUCUGCAGAGCUUUCAUUACAGCAGUGUCCAAUGCUGCCGAUUUGAACACAUUCGACGAGCUGCCUAUUCUUCGUCGGCAAUCCGCUGUGGAGGAUACAAUAUACCUCAGCUUCUACAUGCGAAUCUGGUGUGGUCCUCAUCCCGUCAUAGCACGAGCUUCGGCCCUCCAAAUGGCAACUCGCCGUCUCUCGAAGGACCAAGUCGUAAGCGUAGACUUUCAAGCAAUCCUGCCGUAUGCAAUUGCGGCACUUGGCGACGCGGCAACUAAAGUACGACGGGCCGCUUCGGAGCUACUGGUGGCUAUAGGCAGAACCUAUCCCUCAGGCCCGGAAGCCAAGAAGAAAUCGAAAAAAUUGCCACGUUGGGCGUCUAAUGAUUUGUAUGGAACUGGGCUCAACUCUGAAGAUUUGACUUGGCUUUCUACAGAUGUUGCAUCUCGAUUGCUGAGCGAAAUCAUCAUUCCGGCUUUAGAAGAAUGUAUCCUGGAUCGAAAACAUGUCGAGUCCGUUUUUGAGAAGUCUCUGAACAGUGCCCGAGGUCCAGAGACCCCCAAGAAGCAGGAUGCCGGUCGCCUUUCACAAGCUGCACGUACAUCGAUUUUAACAUUCUUGGCCCGGCAUGUGGUUCACACUCCCGUGUAUACCGUGAAGUUGCGGCUAGUCGCUUCUCUGAAUCAAGUGCGUAGUAUAGCAGGCACAACGAGAACGAAGGUCCUGCUUCCAGCUCUGCGACAGUGGGUUGCUCUGCCCUCAGCAGAAGUUCUCAAAUGUUGCCAAGAUGAGCAACUCGAUGCUGCAGAACUGGAUAGUCAACUGCUGGCAGUAGUUGCGGCUAACGACAAGGAGGGCCAACAAUUCCUAGCCAAAAUUGUCAGUGGAGAGAUUGUGGCCACUCGACCAGCAAUCCUGGAUGCAACUUUCAAAAGAUUACGAUCAAUGUGGUCGUCACUGAACGGGGUAAUACGAUUGAACACUGCCCAGAUGUUGAUGGACGCUGCCCAGAUCUCUCCCGAAGAAAUUGACGAGACGCGAGAGGCAGCUUCUACGGGCGCUGCAGACCUGUUGAGGACAGCAGCUCUCUCAACAGACAUUUUAUUGGCUUUUCUUGACCAGCUGCCGACAGCCGCAAUGUUGGCAGACAAUCCACCAGCUACGAAAAGGCGCAGAAUAAGCCACGGAGAAGUGGCUCAUACGCCUCUUCAAGAUACGAAACAGCUCACUGCCGCCAUCAGAAAGAUCACCUUUGUUCUGCAACUCGUCGAUAGCUCUGAGCCGAGCAAGCAUCCUGAGCUUCUGCGAGGGCUUUUCACUGUUCUGGCCGAACUGCAGCACUUCAAGGCCCAGCUUUCUUCAGAGCUUGCAUAUCUUCAAGGGCUGGUUCUGGGUAGCCUUCUCGGUAUUCUGAAAGCCCAUAAGUCAAACUCAAGCAUCAAGUUGGAUUGUUCGGCCGUUCGAGCCGACUUGCUCGUUGACUGUGUCCAAAAUACAACGAGUCCACAGGUCCAGAAUGCUGCCCUCCUCCUUGUUGCUUCUCUCGCGGAUACCGCCCCUGAGCUCGUCCUUCACAGCGUCAUGCCUAUCUUCACCUUCAUGGGUAGCUCCGUCUUGAGACAAAACGACGAAUACUCUGCACAUGUUAUCAACCAGACAAUCCGAGAAGUCAUUCCUCCUCUCAUAUCAUCUCUCCGAAAAGAGAAGGGAAACCCUGUCACAGGCGCAGCCGAACUCCUUCUGAGCUUUGUAGCCGCAUACGAGCACGUUCCUCCACAUCGCCGAAAGUCUCUUUUCACCUCCUUGGCUCAGACUCUAGGUGCCGAGGACUUCUUGUUCGCGCUCUUGGCGAUGCUUGUUGACAAAUACGGGGUGACGGAAAGCAUUAAGGCAUUCACAUCUGAUCUGGCUGGAUCAUUCGGAGUCGAAGUUCAAUUACAAUCCUCUAUCAAGUAUCUCGACUUGGUCGCGGACCUGCUGAAAACCAAGCCAUCGUACUCUUGUGUCUUACUCGGCGCCAACGAGGACAGAAAAUUUGAUCCUCACAGAAUCGCUCUGGAUGAACUGACCUUGCUCUCACACCUUCUUUCUCAGAAGCGUCUUGUAUCUCAGACCGGGAAAUUACUGACCCGCGACGACAUGGAUGCCGCCAGAGUGCGAGACCUCUACUCGAUUUUGUUGGAGAAUAUUCUGGCUCUAGCAGACACCUUGAAAUACCAGAAGCGCCUGCACAUUGCUUGUGGCGAUGUUCUGGAGAGCUUGCUGGGCCUCCUGUCUACAAGCGAGUUUGUAAAAGCAGUCGAGGGCUUGCUUCACAGACCUGGCGAAGCACUGCGCCGCAAGGUUCUAAAAGCUCUCGAGGUCCGUAUCGAUCAUGAGAGCUCAUCCGAUGCCAUCUCGAGAGUUGCCAUGCUCAACUUCCUGCCCCAACUCACAGCCAUCAUUCGGGACUCCGAAGACGUUCUGUACAAACACACAGCUGUUGGAUGUGUUGACAAGAUCUCUGAAAAAUAUGGAAAGAAGGAUCUCGAAGCCGUAUCCGCCGCCGCCGAGACGAUUGCAAGUAACCACUGCCUCGGCCAAUCUGACACCCCUUUGAGAGUGAUGGCACUUCUAUGCCUGUCUUCAUUGGUCGAGAUUCUAAGGGAAGGCAUUGUUCCAGUCCUGCCGAUUGCAAUUCCGAAAGCCUUGGAGUACAUGGAAGCAAGUGUUCAAUCAAACAUCGAGUCUCAUAGGCUGUACAAGGCCGGCUACGGAUUUAUGGCAGCCUUGGCCCAACAUCUACCCUAUAUGGUAUCCGGAGCGUACUUGGAAAAGCUUCUUGAGAUAUCCAACAUCUCUGCCGAAGCCGAUCUUGACGAUGAAUCCGAUGAGACUCGGGUGCAAUGCCUGCAACUUGCGGCGAAGCUCAUUGAUGCGAAGAGCAUGUUUGUAGCGCUGGAGAAGGAUUGGGUGCGAGCUUCUACAGUGGGGGCUUUGGCUCUUCAUGAAUAUUUGGCUGUCCUCAGUACAGCUAUCGAUAAGCACCCGAAAGCUAUUGUCACCAAGUACUCAUCUAUCCUCGCCAAGAUAUUUCAAAAUGCAUUUGAUCUUCGCCGACAAUGGACUACCGCCACAGAUGAUCGGUUUACAGCUGAUAAUAUAUCCGAAAUCGAGAGAGAGGUCAACGAAGUCGCCAUCAAGAUGAUCUACAAGUUCAAUGAUGCAACUUUUAGACCCAUCUUCUCUAACCUCAUCGAAUGGGCAUCGUCGCUGCCCAAAAAAGACAAGGUUGGUAGAGCGUUACGACUCCAGAGCGUCUAUGGCUUCAUGGCUGUGUUUUUCGAGAACCUCAAAUCGAUCGUCACGAACUACGCAACAUAUCUACUAGAUAAUGCAGUCGAGAUCCUCGCAGUCGUGGAUCCUAAAGACGAAGCAUCGAGAGAGUUGUGGUCUCGUGUGCUUCGCACCUUGACUAAAUGUUUCGAGCAUGACCAGGACGACUUCUGGCAAGCUCCAUCACAUUUCGCAGCGGUAGCACCUGUGCUAUGCGAGCAGUUUAUAAACGCAUCGACCCUGCCACUGAUUCAAGAUUUGGUCCCUGCUAUCGUAGAGCUUGCGGCUUCGGCAGACUCAUCUGACCAUCACAAGGAGCUUAAUGGAGCAAUUCUAAAGCACCUGCGAUCCGAGACCGCAAGUGUUAGGCUGGCAGCUGUUAGAUGCCAGCAGGAGCUCACUGACAGACUGGCCGAGGAGUGGCUGGAGAUGUUGCCCCAGAUGUUGCCGUUCAUCAGCGAGCUACAGGAGGAUGACGAUGAUGUGGUGGAGAAGGAGACGCAUCGCUGGAUCUCAAAGAUUGAGGGUGUAUUGGGGGAGAGCAUGGACGCGAUGCUUCUGUAG